CCGUAAAAAGGGGUUUAAGCGAUCCGCUGCUCGUGAAAAAGUGAUCAGGUUGGAGGUGACCAUCUCUGCAGCAGAGGCUGCAGCUGGCGGCUCGCGCUGUUCGAGCCCGUGACGAUUUCGCUGACGCGCGACUCGCCGCACCUCCCAGGAGGAGGCAGAGAAGAUAGCUGCGCGCCAGACUGGACACCGGACUCUUUUCUUUUCUCCUCCUCUUUUGAGCGGAGCGGACGUGCCUGCAGUUUCCCCCCCAAAACAAGCCGAGAACGACACCAUCCGGUAUCAUCGUCCACACUCCUGAGCAGGGAUGGAGGUUCCAGGUUUGGCGCACAACAUCACCAGUCCGCUGAGUCCGUGCGAGGGGAUGAUCAAGGACCUGAGCCUGGACGCCAUACAGUUAUGUGAACGAGAUGCAAAUAAAUCCCAGGACGGCAGCCUUGCUGACAUGGAGGAGCUCCCUGUUCCACAGAAUAUCAAGAUCAGCAACAUCACCUGCGACUCCUUCAAGAUCUGCUGGGAUAUGGAAGCGCGCAGCAAGGAGCGCAUCACACACUACUUUAUUGACCUGAACAAGAAGGAAAACAAAAACUCCAAUAAAUUCAAACACAAGGAUGUUCCAACCAAGCUUGUGGCCAAGGCUGUGCCCCUGCCCAUGACGGUCCGGGGCCACUGGUUCCUGAGCCCCCGCACAGAGUACACAGUGGCCGUCCAAACGGCGUCAAAACAGGCUGAUGGGGACUACGCCGUCUCUGAGUGGAGCGAGAUCAUAGAGUUCUGCACUGCUGAUUACUCGUUGGUGCAUCUUAACCAGCUCCUGGAAAAGGCAGAGGUCAUUGCUGGGCGGAUGCUUCGUUUUUCCGUCUUCUACAGAAACCAGAAUAAAGAAUACUUUGAUCAUGCCAGGGAUGUGCAAGAGAACCGAAUGUUGCCGUCGGUGAAAGACAACAGUGGCAGCCACGGCUCACCCAUCAGCGGCAAGCUGGAGGGUGUCUUCUUCAGCUGUAACACAGAGUUCAACACAGGCAAGCCCCCACAGGACUCCCCAUAUGGUCGCCAGCGCUUUGAGGUCCAAGCCGAUGCCCUCUUCAACCCUAACACCAACCUGUACUUUGGAGACUUCUACUGUAUGUAUACAGCCUACCACUAUGUCAUUGUGGUCUUGGCACCCAAGGGAUCCAGGGGUGAUGAAUUCUGCAAGCAGAGGCUUCCUGUGCUGGACAUCACUAACAACCGUUUCCUUACCUGCAAGGAGGACAAAGACGGUGGUCUGGUGUUUCACCAUGCCCAGGAUGUCAUCCUGGAGGUGAUCUACACAGAGCCUGUGGACCUGGCAUCAGGCACAGUGGCUGAGAUCAGCGGGCACCAGCUGAUGAGCCUGUCUACAGUAAACGCCAAGAAGGACCCCAGCUGCAAGACCUGCAACAUCAGCGUGGGGCGCUAAGAAAGAACAAUGUAUAAAACAAGGGGAUGGGGUGAUCUGACUGUCACACACAAACACACACGCAAAAGAAGGCCACGUCUACUGGUGAAGCAAACACAUGCAUGAAGCAGCUGUUUAACCAGAACAUGGACAUAAAUACUUCUGACUCUGUUCAUUAAAGUUCAUCGAUUCCAAAGACGAGUGAAGAAAAAAGAGGAAGAGGCAAACUCAUCUGAAAAUGAUGAAGUCACAGAAAAAAAACUGAGAUAUAAAUAUCAACAAUAGCACCGAUUUAUUCCUCCAUCAGAAAAGUCAUAUGUGUGUACUGACCAAAUCCUUACAUCAAACUAAAACAAAGUGACCACUUCCUGUUGAUUUUAGUGAAUUGUCCCACAUUUAACUAAUUCUCUUGCCUUGAUGUUGCUAAUAAGCUGUUAACUUCCACUGUGUGUUUGGACAAUGUCCUUAAUAUUUCCUCUAACAGUAACUUAAUAAGUUCUGCUUGUUUUUACUUCCCCCUAGCGGUGAAGACUGGUACUACACGUUUUUAGGGCUGAAACAUCAACCAUUCUUUUGUCCUACAAUACCAAAGGUGUUAAAGAAACAGACGUCAAACUGCUGUGGGAUCUAAGGUAUACACUUUGAAUGUGGACAACUUAAAAAAAAAAGCAUGACUCAGUUCGGUGCAGCAUGAGUGUGAAAGCUGUCAGUACCUGUACCAUAGCGACCAUGUCACUCUUCAUCAUCCGUGGAAGAAAAGAAUGUAGAACCAUGAACCAUGUGUCCAGCCGAAUAGAUGUGAAAAAAUAUUUAUUUUUUACUAUUACAUUCAUAUAGAUAUAUAAAUAUACAGAAUACUAUAUAAACCAGAAGUGCACAAUGUGAAAGCUUAGAUCAUUGUUGACACAGGCAUUUGGAAGGGAUUAACUUCACAAAGACAAAAAAAAAAAAUACCUGGGGCGGGGGUUAAACACAAAUUAGACAGCAGAUAUGACUUGCACUACUAUGCUUAGGUUCACUGCAUUUUUUUUAAAUCUGAGAUCAACAUCUAAAUUGACGAGUUUAGAUGAACUUUAAAACUCUGAAUGCAUACCAUAGCACAAUGUAGGAAAAUAAAAACCUGACAUGCACAAACAUCGCAAGAUUGUCCCACUGCAUUUUAACGUACACAUUUCCUUUUUUUUUUAUUUUUUUACAAAUGCAGUUUCUACAUCAAGAACAAACAAAAAAAAAUACUAUCCUGGCAAGGUUAUAAAGUGAGUAACAAAGUGCCAUAAUUACAUGAAGUAUUUAUAAAUGGCUCAACUGGAAAUAGCAUCAAGCUGCCGUGCUUCAUCCUUGAGAAAUAUGCAUUAGUCGUGCUACAUGGCGUACAUUUGCUACAUCAUUUAAAAAAAUAUGUCCUGUACUAUGAGGGAUGAUUUUUUGGGACCAAGAAAUAAAAGUUGAUUUCCAUCAGUAUUCUUCAUGUAAAGUGCAUUUACACAACAAGCAUGGCAUGGAACAAAACUGGCUGGCCUCAGGAACUGUUUCUUUUCCAGGAAUGAUCAUAUCCUGGUAAUAAUAAUAACAAACAGACAAAAGUCCCACUGUGAGUAACUCAACUCGUCUUGGUUGAGUCUUGUUUACUGAGCAGAGCCUCCAGGAGGCGGAGCUUCGCUUUGAGGGUCUUGUACUGGCAGUACUCCUCCGCCAUUGGUCCCCGGUCCUCCUUCUGACAAAUCCUGUUAAUGAUGCAAUUAUAUGGCAAACUUUUUCAAUUCAUGAUUUUCAAAAGAACCUGCAGCAGCUUUCAUGACUGGUCGAUGGUCCCUAUGUUGCCUUACUCGGAUAGCUUUGUACAGUGUGUGUAUUGUAAUAUUACUGUAUUUACUUUUGAAUACUAACAUGUACAGUACAAAGGAUGUGUACAGUUCAGAGCAAACGUCUGUCUCUUUGUCUCUCUCCUGAACUCUGUGCUGGGUUAAUGUGACAUGAGUGUGCAUAAUCACUGUCGUACCGUCGCCAUGGAAUUUCUUUUUAGUGGGUGUUUGUUAUUCACAAGGCAUUGUUAAAAAAAACAAAUGUUACAAGUUUCUUAAAAGGAGAAAAAUAAAACAAUCAUGUCAAGCAUC